AUGGCUUUGCGUGCGGUAAUUUGCCGCCGUUUUUCACUCUCAUCAUCUUUUAUACAAAUUCUUUUAGGCAUUACCGUGGGGUAUCUAGUUGGAUGGAGUCUUUUUGGUGACUCAGAGUUCGACAUCGAGGCUCAUCUCCAUAAAGUCGAUCAUCACAAAGAUCACAAAGGGCAAUUUGCUACGAAUUUUCCCUCACUUCGAUGUGUCAUCAUUAUCAACAGUGCAACGCCAAAGCGAGAGCUUUUUGUGCAAGCGAUUCGAGAAACUUGGGGCACUGAAUGCAAUGAAACUCUUUUCUAUACGACAGAAAGUGCUCACUAUUACUUAUCAAUUCCUGAUUUACAAGAAAGGCUCAUAGAGCUAAGCUCGAGUUUUAACGGGUUUUAUUGGAGUCUUUAUCACCGGAUUUUAAAAGAUUUAAGAAAGACAAAAUACGAUUGGACAUUGAUUAGUGAUGAGAAACUUUUUGCGGUCGUGUCAAAUUUGAGGAGAUCGCUGGAAUCGAUUGAUUCGAGGAAGGCUGUUCUCGUUGGACGGGUUUCUCUAUACAAAUAUCCAUUGUCCUCGAUUUUUCCAUUCCUUGAGAGUCGGCGAAUUUCUCAUCAAGCCGGGAUCGCUAUCAGUCAUUCGGCUAUUGAAAUGCUGGCAUCUUGUAAUGGCUUCAUUCUUCCACGAGCCACGGAAAAAGCUUUAUUAGAGUGCGCAAAUUCGCAUGCAAUCACGGUGAUCGAUCCGGUUGAUGAGGAAAAUCAACAUUUAUUUCAUUCAAAAGAUGUGCUCUCAUUGGUGCCUAAUGAUAACGAAUUCUCGAAAAUGACGAAUAAUAAAGACGUGAAAAUGGCGAGCUGUUGCUCGGAUCAUUCGAUCACUUUUGGCUCGAUGAGCUUCAAAGAGCAACGUGUUGCCCAUUUCGCCGCCACAAGGAUUCACGUUUUUGGCGCAAACGGGUACAAACGGGCUCUUCUAAAUGGAACAAUUCAAAAU